AUUCCGGAGCAGGCUGCUCUGAUUCCGACCACAGGCUGUUUUGUGCAGGCUGUCCCUCUCCUUCAAAACCCUGCAUCCCCUCCCCGAAGCAGCAGGCAGUGUGCCUUCAUUCAGCCACAUUUGGUAUGCAUGAGCACGGCUGCAGAGAGAGGGGAGGUGGCUUUCUUAAGAAGGUUCAGGGGCUCAGGAAACGCCACUUGACUAGUCUCCCAAGUUCCAGGAAGCCUCUGCCCUAAUGGAAUUUGCAGGUGUGGAGAUGACCAUGGGAUGCCAGGGCCGUGGGGAACCAUUUAUUUUCUAGGCAUUGCUCAGGUUUGCAGUUUCUUGUUUUCCCGGUGGAAUUUGGAAGGGGUCAUGAAUCAAACUGAUGCUUCUCGACCCCUAAAUUGGACCAUCCGGAAGCUGUGCCACGCAGCCUUUCUCCCAUCUGUAAGACUCCUUAAGGCACAGAAAUCCUGGAUAGAAAGAGCAUUUUAUAAAAGAGAAUGUGUUCACAUCAUACCCAGCACCAAAGACCCCCAUAGGUGUUGCUGUGGGCGUCUAAUAGGCCAGCAUGUCGGACUCACUCCCAGUAUCUCUGUGCUUCAGAAUGAGAAAAAUGAAAGUCGCCUCUCCCGAAAUGACAUCCAGUCUGAGAAGUGGUCCAUCAGCAAACACACUCAGCUCAGCCCAACGGAUGCUUUUGGGACCAUUGAGUUCCAAGGAGGUGGCCAUUCCAACAAAGCCAUGUACGUGCGAGUAUCCUUUGAUACGAAACCUGAUCUCCUUCUACACCUGAUGACCAAGGAAUGGCAACUGGAGCUUCCCAAGCUUCUCAUCUCUGUCCACGGGGGCCUGCAGAACUUUGAACUCCAGCCCAAACUCAAGCAAGUCUUUGGGAAAGGUCUCAUCAAAGCAGCCAUGACCACCGGAGCGUGGAUCUUCACUGGAGGGGUUAACACAGGUGUCAUUCGGCAUGUUGGAGACGCCUUGAAGGACCACGCAUCUAAAUCUCGAGGGAAGAUAUGUACCAUAGGUAUUGCCCCAUGGGGAAUUGUGGAAAACCAAGAGGACCUGAUUGGAAGAGAUGUAGUCCGGCCAUACCAAACCAUGUCCAAUCCCAUGAGCAAGCUCACUGUUCUCAACAGCAUGCAUUCCCAUUUCAUCCUGGCUGACAAUGGAACAACUGGAAAAUACGGAGCCGAAGUGAAACUUCGGAGGCAACUGGAAAAGCAUAUUUCACUUCAGAAGAUAAACACAAGAAUCGGACAAGGGGUUCCGGUGGUGGCACUCAUCGUGGAAGGAGGCCCCAAUGUGAUCUCCAUCGUUUUGGAGUACCUCCGAGACACGCCUCCUGUGCCUGUGGUGGUCUGUGAUGGCAGUGGACGGGCAUCUGACAUCCUGGCAUUUGGGCAUAAAUAUUCAGAAGAAGGCGGACUUAUAAAUGAAUCUUUGAGGGACCAGCUACUGGUGACUAUACAGAAGACUUUCACAUACACCCGAACCCAAGCACAGCAUCUGUUCAUCAUCCUCAUGGAGUGCAUGAAAAAGAAGGAAUUGAUUACAGUUUUUCGGAUGGGAUCAGAAGGACACCAGGACAUUGAUUUAGCUAUCCUGACAGCUUUACUCAAAGGUGCCAAUGCCUCGGCCCCAGACCAACUGAGUUUAGCUUUAGCCUGGAACAGAGUGGACAUCGCUCGAAGCCAGAUCUUUAUUUAUGGGCAACAGUGGCCGGUGGGGUCUCUGGAACAAGCCAUGUUGGAUGCCUUAGUUUUGGACAGAGUGGAUUUUGUGAAAUUACUCAUAGAGAAUGGAGUAAGCAUGCACCGUUUUCUCACCAUCUCCAGACUAGAGGAAUUGUACAAUACGAGACAUGGGCCCUCAAACACAUUGUACCACUUGGUCAGGGAUGUCAAAAAGCGAGAAUAUCCAGGUUUCGGUUGGAUCUAUUUUAAGGGGAACCUGCCCCCAGACUACAGGAUCAGCCUGAUUGACAUCGGCCUGGUGAUCGAGUACCUGAUGGGCGGAGCUUACCGCUGCAACUACACGCGCAAGCGCUUCAGGACCCUCUACCACAACCUCUUCGGCCCCAAGAGGCCCAAAGCCUUGAAACUUCUGGGAAUGGAGGAUGAUAUUCCCCUGAGGCGAGGAAGAAAGACCACCAAGAAACGUGAGGAAGAGGUGGACAUCGACUUGGAUGACCCUGAGAUCAACCACUUCCCUUUCCCUUUCCAUGAGCUGAUGGUGUGGGCUGUCCUCAUGAAGAGGCAGAAGAUGGCCCUGUUCUUCUGGCAGCAUGGAGAGGAGGCCAUGGCCAAGGCCCUGGUGGCCUGUAAACUCUGCAAAGCCAUGGCUCACGAGGCCUCCGAAAAUGACAUGGUUGAUGACAUUUCCCAGGAGCUGAACCACAACUCCAGGGACUUUGGCCAGCUGGCUGUGGAGCUCUUGGACCAAUCCUACAAGCAGGAUGAGCAACUGGCCAUGAAACUGUUGACGUACGAAUUGAAGAACUGGAGCAAUGCCACAUGCCUGCAGCUGGCUGUGGCUGCCAAGCACCGUGACUUCAUUGCGCACACGUGCAGCCAGAUGCUGCUCACUGACAUGUGGAUGGGUCGGCUCCGCAUGCGCAAGAACUCAGGCCUCAAGGUAAUUCUGGGAAUUCUACUUCCUCCUUCAAUUCUCAGCUUGGAGUUCAAGAACAAAGAUGACAUGCCCUAUAUGACUCAGGCACAAGAAAUCCAUCUCCAAGAGAAGGAGCCAGAAGAACCAGAGAAACCCACAAAGGAAAAAGAUGAAGAGGACAUGGAACUGACUGCAAUGUUGGGACGAAACAAUGGGGAGUCAUCCAGGAAGAAGGAUGAAGAGGAAGUUCAGAGCAGGCACCGGUUAAUCCCUCUGGGCAGAAAAAUCUAUGAAUUCUACAAUGCACCCAUUGUGAAGUUCUGGUUCUACACUCUGGCAUAUAUCGGAUACCUGAUGCUCUUCAACUAUAUCGUGUUAGUGAAGAUGGAGCGCUGGCCUUCAACCCAGGAAUGGAUCGUCAUUUCCUAUAUUUUUACCCUGGGAAUAGAAAAGAUGAGAGAGAUUCUGAUGUCAGAGCCAGGCAAGUUGCUGCAGAAAGUGAAGGUGUGGCUGCAGGAGUACUGGAAUGUCACAGACCUCAUAGCCAUCCUUCUGUUCUCUGUUGGAAUGAUCCUUCGUCUUCAAGACCAGCCCUUCAGGAGUGAUGGGAGAGUUAUCUAUUGCGUGAACAUCAUUUAUUGGUACAUCCGUUUACUAGACAUCUUCGGAGUGAACAAGUAUCUGGGCCCAUAUGUAAUGAUGAUUGGAAAAAUGAUGAUAGACAUGAUGUACUUUGUCAUCAUUAUGCUGGUGGUACUGAUGAGCUUUGGAGUCGCCAGGCAAGCCAUCCUCUUUCCCAAUGAGGAGCCAUCAUGGAAACUGGCCAAGAACAUCUUCUACAUGCCCUACUGGAUGAUUUAUGGGGAAGUGUUUGCGGACCAGAUAGACCCUCCCUGUGGACAGAAUGAGACCCGAGAGGAUGGUAAAAUCAUCCAGCUGCCCCCAUGCAAGACAGGAGCAUGGAUUGUGCCGGCCAUCAUGGCCUGCUACCUCUUGGUGGCAAACAUCCUGCUGGUCAACCUCCUCAUUGCUGUCUUUAACAAUACAUUUUUUGAGGUAAAGUCGAUAUCCAACCAAGUGUGGAAGUUUCAGAGAUAUCAGCUCAUCAUGACCUUCCAUGAAAGGCCAGUGCUGCCCCCACCUCUGAUCAUCUUCAGCCACAUGACCAUGAUAUUCCAGCACCUCUGCUGUCGAUGGAGGAAGCACGAGAGCGACCCAGAUGAAAGGGACUAUGGCCUGAAACUCUUCAUAACUGAUGACGAGCUCAAAAAAGUACACGAUUUUGAAGAGCAGUGCAUAGAGGAAUAUUUCAGAGAAAAGGAUGAUCGAUUCAACUCAUCCAAUGAUGAGAGGAUACGGGUGACUUCAGAAAGGGUAGAGAACAUGUCCAUGCGGCUGGAGGAGGUCAAUGAGAGAGAGCACUCCAUGAAGGCUUCACUCCAGACCGUGGACAUCCGGCUGGCACAGCUUGAGGACCUCAUUGGGCGCAUGGCCACAGCCCUGGAGCGCCUGACAGGUCUGGAGCGAGCUGAGUCGAACAAGAUACGCUCGAGGACCUCCUCAGACUGCACAGACGCAGCCUACAUCGUCCGCCAGAGCAGCUUCAACAGCCAGGAGGGAAACACCUUCAAGCUCCAAGAGAGUAUAGAUCCUGCAGGUGAGGAGACCAUGUCCCCAACCUCUCCAACCUUAAUGCCCCGUAUGCGAAGCCAUUCUUUCUAUUCAGUCAAUAUGAAAGACAAAGGUGGUAUAGAAAAGUUGGAAAGUAUUUUUAAAGAAAGGUCCCUGAGCCUACACCGAGCUACUAGUUCCCACUCAGUAGCAAAAGAAUCCAAAGCUCCUGCAGCCCCUGCAAACACCUUGGCCAUUGUUCCUGAUUCUAGAAGACCAUCGUCAUGCAUAGACAUCUAUGUCUCUGCCAUGGAUGAGCUUCACUGUGACAUAGACCCUCUGGACAAUUCCAUGAACAUCCUUGGGUUGGGAGAGACAAGCUUUUCGGUUCCAGCACCUUCCACAGCCCCUUCAAGCAGUGCCUAUGUAACCCUUGCACCCACAGACAGACCUCCAAGCCGGAGCAUCGAUUUCGAAGACAUCACCUCCAUGGACACUAGAUCUUUUUCUUCAGACUAUACCCACAUUCCAGAAUGCCAAAACCCCUGGGACUCGGACCCCCCUAUGUAUCACACCAUUGAGCGUUCCAAGAGUAGCCGCUACCUAGCCGCCACACCCUUUCUUCUAGAAGAGGCCCCCAUAGUGAAAUCUCAUAGCUUUAUGUUUUCUCCUUCGAGGAGUUAUUACGCCAACUUUGGGGUGCCUGUGAAAACAGCAGAAUAUACAAGUAUUACGGACUGUAUUGACACGAGGUGUGUCAAUACCCCUCAGGCGAUUGCAGACAGAGCCACGUUCCCCGGAGGUCUUGGCGAUAAAGUAGAGGACUUAUCUUGCUGUCAUCCUGAGCGAGAAGCAGAACUGAGCCACCCUAGCUCUGACAGUGAGGAGAAUGAGGCCAGAGGCCGGAGAGCAGCCAUCGCGAUGUCCUCCCAGGAGGGUGACAACUCAGACAGAAACCUAUCCAACAACAUCACGGUUCCCAAGAUAGAGCGUGCCAACAGCUACUCAGCAGAGGAGCCAAGCGUGCCAUAUGCACACACCAGGAAGAGCUUCUCUAUCAGUGACAAGCUCGACAGGCAGCGGAACACGGCAAGCCUGCGAAAUCCCUUCCAGAGGAGUAAAUCCUCCAAGCCGGAUGGCCGAGGGGACAGCCUGUCCAUGAGGAGACUGUCCAGAACGUCGGCUUUCCACAGCUUUGAAAGCAAGCACAACUAACUCUUCUUACCAUGCCUUGCAGGAGGCUCGAGAAUCCAGCCCUAAAUUCUCCCCAAACUCCACCUUUUUCCCCCUUCCUUGAAUCACACCCGCUUUAUUCUUAGCUGAGCAAAACAAGCAAUGUGUUGGGAGAUGUUAAAUCAAAGGUGACUUCUGGGCCACAGAUCAAGAAAACAUUUGAUCUGACCCAGUGCCAAACACAGGGUAGUUGGAGCAUGUUCACACUUGCUGGGUAGGGAGGGGAUGGGGGGAGAAGAAGGGUUAGAGAUGAAUGUGUAUCACCAGUCACUGCAGAAAGCCAUGAGCUCUGGGGAACCAAGGGGCUUCAAGCACUCUCAACGCCAGGAGGCAUCUUGUGAUUUCUACCCAUUAUCAAGAGCUUUAGGAUGCAGGGCUAAAUUGCAAAAUAAAAUAAAAUACCCAGCAUACAAAAUGAGAUAUUCUAAACUUCAAUUCUGUUUUCUUUUCACAUUGGCUCCAUCACUGGUGACUGAUGAAGAGCAUCCUUUUUAUUCAGUAUAAGCCGGCAGCAAGCAGUUCUACCUAACGUCCCACAUCCUUCUCAUGCCAACACUUCUGUAAUUGGUCAUUAUAAAGAAAAAAACAAGGUAACAGUCAUAGUUCACCUGUCUCUUAUAUAUUCACUUCUGGUGCCACAACUGUUUUAUCUUUUUUGAAGAAAAUAAGGGAACAGAAAUGCCUUUUGGUCUUGCAAUGGAAAUGAUAGAAGAGUUGAUGUUAGAAGCAACAGUCACAUGAUGUAUAUCAUAUAUGGUGGGCAUUCCAGUAUAGUCAAGCAAGCUCAGGAUGAAUGUAAUUAAAUAACUUUAUAUUUCUUAAUUUAUUUUGUAUCUCUCCUGUCAUCAGUGAAUUCACUCAUUGAAUAUGUAAUGUUGAACUUAAAAAAAAAAAAACAGUGAGCAGAACUAACCUAAAAUUGCCAUAUGGAAUAUUGUUGUAUUCUCUCCAUUCAUGUCAUGUGUUGUGCUGCUGUGUGACCUUCUUCAUAUGCAUGACUCCACCUACUGCGUCCUUUGAUCACCUCAAGGUGUAACUGCCAAUUUUUCACACCACUCAUCGUAUGGCCAUUUUGUAUACAAAAACAUGGUUAUAUGUGGCUAUUUUCAUACCUAGAGUUUUGCCAUCUAAUCUGAGCUCAGCAUAAAUUUAAUUGGAAUUUUUCAAGGGCUGGUAUCUUUUUUUAUGGAAAUGUUCCAAAGUACUUUUUAAGGAAGUUUCAAAACCAUAAAUAACUUUAGAAUUGACUAGGAGUUUGGUAUCAAUCCAAAGCCAUCAGUUGCAGGCAUGCCAUGAAUAUUUUUCUUAUAUACAGAGCUAUAAAAAAAAGAUAUAGUAGGCCAAAAUAGAAAGCAAAUAAACCAUAUAAAGAGUUCUCUAGUAUAUGCUGCUUAUAUACAUAUAUAUGCAUUUACAUAGCAACACAUGUUUAUAUAUAUAGUAUAUAAACAGACAUACAGAGCUUUCUUAAGAGGCUUGGACUUUUCUAUCUCCUGGAGGUAUAACCAAGAUUUUUUAAUAUCCAAAAAGUUCCAUUGAAAGAGUUCAUUUUACCAUUAGACCAAAUGUUGAAACUAUGACUU